GACCAUAACUAUUAAGAGGGGGGUAAAACGCUGUAUUUCCAUGGCGAAGGUUGUCUUGGCGGGAUGGCAUUUUCUCCUCGUCUGCUUUUCAUCCUUAAUUUGUUUACGUUUCAUCCAAGAGCAGGAGCGGGGAGUGUAACACAUACCCAAGGAAAAACGCUCUUAAACCACCUGUGACACGAGUUUUUGGUCCUAAAGAGAGUGUGGGAAGAAAGAUAUGAGACUAGCCAAGUGUUAUAGUGGCCAUUAACAUGACUUCCCUAAUUAUCGUGGAUAAAAAUGAUAAAGAAAGUGAGGGCAAUGUGUCGGGAUCUGAGGAGGAGGCGGAUGAGAAAGACCCGCUACAUGUUGGCUCUUCCACACCCUCCCCCAGUGGUGAUAGUGUAGUGGCGCCGCGAUCCCAGAGUAAUAUGGUGGAAACUAUAAGCCCUCCCGGCCAGUGUGUUCCCAUAAUGGUGGAUGAUGUGCCAGUUUACUUGACGCAGUUAGAGGACGGAUCACCUGUCUACCUCCGUCAGUAUCCCCCAACUGUUGAGGAAUUGUUGUCAAGCCCUCUAGAUCAGUGCUCCAGUUUUGACGGAUUUUCUGAGGCUAGUGGGAGCACUUUUGAAGGGUUCUCAGAAACUAGUGGGAGCACUUUUGAGGGGUUCUCAGAAGUAAGUCGGAGUAGCAGUAUUACUUUUGAAGGGUUUUUACAGGAUAAUCUUGAAGACUUACAAGCUGCUAAUGUGCUCAGAGACAGAGUGUUGCGGUCUGCAAGAUGUGAAAAGGAAGAUUUAGAUGAACUUAUUAAAAAAGAGGAAAUUGUUUUUGAAGAUGUUGGUGAUGAUCCACCUUUGGAAGAUGAUACAAAGAAUAAUGUGUCUGUGAUGUUUCCAAGUGAAUUGUCAAAAGAGGCAACUGAAAAUUUCAAGACAAAGAAUGUGGACUCAAUCCAAGGCCAAGUUGAAACAAACAAAAGUAAAAAAUUAGUCCUUGACUGUCACGAAAGUACACCAGUAUGUAACAACCAGCCAACUACAUCUGGAAUUAUUCCUAAAAAGUUGUUUUCUUCAAGUAAAUCCAAGAAAUCGCCUCAUCAAAAUUAUGAAACUAAUAAAAGUGAGCAUGUAAGAGAUCAACUUCAAACAGUGGAAAAAAAGGCAGAAACGUCUACUCGGCAAACAAGACGCAGUGUUGACCAGAAUGAAAGUGAAGGAAGUGAUGCUCAGGGAGGCUCACUUAAGACGAGGAGAUUAAGCAGCAGGUUACCAGUAGAAGAGAGAAAUGAACUGUCCUCUGAGGGGAUAAUUAUUGUUUCAGAUUACGACCACAUAGGGGAAUUUUGCACUUCAGUCGGUUGCACCAUAAGUUUUUUGGAGAGUAUGAAAAUAAAAAAUGUCACUGUCAAUAAUGGGAUUGUUUAUGAGCUCGAUGAGUUCGCUAAGAAAAUUGCUUGGGAACGGGUUGACGUUGCUAAGUGGAUUCAGCGAUUAAGUGGAGUCAAAUGUAGGGAACCAACAGUUGAGGACUUGGAGAAAAUUCACAUGGUUUUGAAGCGUAGGAAGGCUCUUAGAGUAACACUAGCUGGGCAAAAGAUUGGUAACAUGAAACUAAGAGCUUUUGAUUCAACACAGUUUAUUUUGCCAUCAUCAGUAAAGGAGGAAUUCCCAGAGCAUGAGGGAUUACUGUUUGUUACUGUUAAGGAAGAAGAAGUUAAUGCUCAAGGUAACCUGUCAGGAAGUCAGACAUCACCUGAACACAAAGGAAGUACUUUAAGUAAGAAGAGGAAAUUAUCUUUUAAAAAAUAUCAGGCCGAGACAUUUACCCAUGACGAAUCAUCUUGGUGCUCGAAGGAGGACAAAGAAAUGGGGUUAAAAAAGAGUAAGAAAGAACCAGUAAGGAAUAGAUGUGCAACUGAGAAAGAAACCAGUUCUAUUUGGAAGACACCGGAGAGUGAAAAGUGUUCAGUAAAUGAGAAAGAGGAGGGCAAAGAUGAAAGGGAAAUGAAGAAUGAAAAGGAAGAAGAAUAUAAGAAAGAUGAUGGUAGAAGGAAGAGAAUUAAUUAUAGAAAAAAUUCAAAAAUUGGGAAACAUUGUCUGGACAGGGGUGAUGCAGAAUUAUCACUAGUCAGUAACAAUGAUUCUGUCCUCAUACAAAAAGCAGCAGCAGAAGUGAAUGAAAAACAAACUCAAGAAACUGUGUGCAUCAAUUUAUCAAGUGAGGUGAAGGAAGAAAUAGAGAUAAAGACAGAAAAAGUGCCAUUGACUUCUGAGGUACAGAACGUUGAUGCAGGGACAUUUGGCGUGAGUAAAAGUGGGAGGCUUCGGAAACUUAGUGCAAAGGGGUUUUCUUCUUUCGAGCUUAAAAGUCUAUUCAUGCCUACUCAACCUCCUCUCUCUACUCAGUCAUCACAGUCAACUAAUGUUACAGAAAAGCCAAAGAGUUGCUCUCAUUUUACCAGUAAGAAUGAAUAUCGAAAAGAAAGAACACACGAGUUUGUACCACACCAAUUUAAGGGGUCGUUAUUAAAUUUUUCCAAUAAAUAUAGAAAUCUGCUUGAUGUUGAUAAUUCAGUGAUUUCAUUUACAUUUAAAGAUGGCCAUUUAGUUCCCAAGUUUAAGGAAAUUGAUUAUUACCUUGGAGAUUACUGUUGCGAGGCGGGGGUGACAGUCGAAGAUUUAAAUUCAAAUGGUCCCAAAGAUGUGGACAUGACGUACGGUAUGAUAAAGGAGCUUCAGGAAUUUUACCUCUCAAGAGGUGCAACAAAAACUGCUUUGGCUGUCAGAUUGUUUCAGAUGUGUCAACAGAAAAUAGUUGAUUAUACACAUAUUUUGACUGCUGUAAUAACUGUAACCAAGGCAGCCAAGACAAGUAGCUUAGACUUCCCUAGAUUACAGAAAGAAUUUAAAUUUCCUAAGAGACAAUUUCCUGGUCAACCAAGAAAACAGAAGGAACCCAAACCCCCACAGAAAAAGAAGAUGCUUAUUUCAACAAAAUCACUCAUGAAUUUAUCUUCAAAGAAGAAGAAAAAAGAUCUGUCUCUCAAACUUAAAAAGAUGAAAAAUGCAAAGACUGCAAAUGUUCGUGGUAGGAAGAAAAAAAUAGAGAUGACAGUUAACACCACUACAGAAGAUGUAGGUCUUGAUACUGAGGUUGUAAGGACAAGAGGGAAGGAAGGCUCAAUCACACGAGGUGACAUUGUAUGUCUUUACACUCAUUGGUUAAAAAGCAAGAUGGCAGUAGGUAGUAAUGUUUUUGUUACUGAUCUCUUAAAAGAUGUUGAAAAGUUGAUGAUGGAGAGAAAGGUUCAGUUGAUUCGCAUCCCAGCCGGCACUCUCAUGUCAUCUUCCGUCAAACUUCAUGAUGAAUACAAGCAAAUGCUUAAAGUCAGCAAAGAGGAUGCCUUGAUGUACCUAGAAGAAGAUUGGCUUGAGGACAUCCAAUAUUUGGUUUCUCUUUCUGGACCUUCUCGGCGCAGCACUGUUGAUGGAGAUAAUGGUGAUAACACUACAGAGAAAAUGGAUGUUAGUUCUUCAGCUCAGAAUGAGAAGUCAGGUGUUAGUGAUUCAGAGUUCAGUGAGAAAAGUUUGGCCAUAGAUGAUUCUGUAAUUUCUGAUGAUUCAAGUACAUCAACCAACAAGAAGACCCCAGGAAGCCAAAAGACUGAUGAUCAAAGUGCAGCAGCCAGUAUAGGAAAAAGGUCAUUGAAAAGGAAGGGUAUCAGUAAUUCUGUAGAAGGGUGUGAUCUUGAAAGUUUUAAGGGAGAUGACAUUAAGAAGUGUCCAAGAAAGCAGAAAGAUAGUCUGUUUACUGAAACACAUGAAGAUUUGAUUCGUAAGACCAUCGAGAAGAAGAAUAAUAAUAACCCACUUUAUAAAGAAGAAGAUUAUGAGGUUCAAAAAAUUCUUGAUCACCAAAUUAUGUAUGAUGAGAGUGGAGGUACACAUUAUGGGUACAUAGUCAGAUGGUUAGGUUUUGGGCCAGAGGAUGAUUCCUGGGUAAAUGAAGCAGACCUUCAUUGCCCUAAAUUACUGGAUAGCUAUUGGAAAACUGCGAAGAGAAGGAAGGGGGGUGGCAGAUUGUCUUGGAAAAAAUCUUUGAGUAAGAAGCCUGAAGAAGGUGAAGUUCUAGAUGUUGCCAUUGUUGGUGUAGAUGGACCUGAUAAAGAAAAUGGGAAUAUUAUUGAGACAAUGAUACGGCGUACAUCUCAAGAUAAUUCUUCUGGCCCUAAAGAUCCCCAAAAAGGGGAAAAUGUAGUUACAGUGCGUGAACUCCUGGAUUUAUAUGAUACUUGGCGACAAGAGAACCAGAAUGUUUUGAUGGCUGGAGGUUCCAACACUGUCAAUCUAGAGAUGCUGGUGACCCGAGCCAGAGCUUUAAUGACCUCCAGAUGUAUCAAGUAUUUUCAUCCUGAGUCUCUCCUAAAUGCUUGCUUUAUGAUGACUUUGAUGAGGACAACAUUAAAGACUGAAAGAACAUUAUGUAGGUUUCUAGACAGCGACUGCUCUGAAGUUCUUGAAGCAAGCUAUAAGCAGCACCUCAAAACACAACAGAGGCACAGAAAUGGAGGAGUACCUGAGAGGAAAAACAGAGCCAAUGGAAAUAUUAACAUAUCUAUCCUUCAGAAUGAAUUAAAGAGGCUGCAGCAAGACUUUUCAGAGGCUGUAGGGUUAAGAUUGGCAAACCGCAAUAUACUCAGAAUGAUGGAAGAAGAGUUGCAUUGCCUUGAGAAUAUCUUAAAGUCUUCCAAAGAUGGUAGUGUCAGUACAUCCUGUCUUCUGCAGCAGGAACUGCAGAUAUUGAAAGAGGAUUUAAACAGCUUAGAAAAUAAGAAUGGAAGACGAUCAAACUCAUUAGUAUCUAACACUAAAAGAAUUGGGCGUGGAAAGAGUGUUGAGGACUCCAAACCUCUAAUUGCUUUUACAGAAACAAAUUCCAACAAGUUUAAAGAAAUAGUUCUCCAAACUGGCCAAGAACUUAUUGAAUGUGGAGUACCAAGCCAAAAAGUUGACAGUGUUAUCGAGUUAGUCGUGAAUAAAAUUGGUGGACAAAGACUCCGGGCUUGGCCUGUUGAAGCUCAGAGCAUAUCGGAAGUAAUUGGACUGAAGCACAAGUGA